AUGGACCUUCAAGCAUUCCACGGACGACCCUUCUCAGAGGCAGAAACGGCCUUGUAUAGCAUCAUCCAGACUGCUAUGGAACCGUUCCUAAGGGGACAACGGGAUGCUGAUAGGGCCGAGGUGCGCCGGGCUCCGGCAGAGCAGGAGGAGGAGGUUACGAGACAGUUUGGUUCGAUGCUCGAAGACGCUGAACAAUGGUGGCCGGAAGGGCAUGAGGCGGAAGAGACUUUGCAACAAUUGAGAGAAUUCAUUAGCGAUAUCAAUUUCCCUGAUGUCGCCGAAGUGUGA